CCAGAGCUGCGCAGGCGCAGUUGUGCUCCGGUCGCCAAGAUGUCGUUCCCAAAGUAUAAGCCGUCGCGCCUGGCCACUCUUCCCAGUACUCUCGAUCCAGCCGAAUACGACAUUUCUCCGGAAACCCGGCAGGCGCAAGCCGAGCGGUUGGCUAUAAGAUCCCGGCUUAAACGGGAGUACCUGCUUCAGUACAACGACCCCAGCCGCCGAGGGCUCAUUGAAGAUCCUGCCUUAAUUCGUUGGACAUACGCAAGAUCAGCAAAUAUCUAUCCCAAUUUCAGACCCACUCCCAAGAACUCACUCUUAGGAGCUCUGCUUGGAAUCGGGCCCCUGUUUUUCUGGUACUAUGUUUUCAAAACGGACAGGGAUAAGAAAGGAAAACUUAUCCGGGAAGGAAAAUUGGAUCGGACAUUUAACAUCUCAUAUUAAAGUCUGGCAAUGACCACUAUAAAUAUUCUUGCUGAAAUAAAUCUUAUAUUAAUCAUGAAAUA